GGGAGCCGAGGCGCAGCGGCGGCGGCGGCGCACAGCCUCCAGCGACGACCCAGACGGACCGGUGCCGCCGCAGUUACAGGAAGGAUGUUACCUGUGAUGAUGAGAACGUUACUGUUGCUGCUGCUGCCCCUGAGUCAGGCCGCUCCCAAGGACGGCACCAUGAGGUUGGACCCUGAAGCACAGCAUCUGCCUCUGCCCAACCCCUUUGAGCCAGGCCAGGAGCAACUUCGACUUCUACAGAGCUACCUAAAGGGACUAGAGAGGAUGGAAGAGGAGCCAGAGCACAUGAGCCGGGAGCAGGUUCUCCUCUACCUCUUUGCACUCCAUGACUAUGACCAGAGUGGACAGCUGGAUGGCCUGGAGCUGCUGUCCAUGUUGACAGCUGCUCUGGCCCCUGGAGCUUCUGACUCUCCCACCACCAACCCGGUGAUCCUGGUAGUGGACAAGGUGCUGGAGACUCAGGACCUGAAUGGGGAUGGGCUUAUGACCCCUGCAGAGCUUGUCAACUUCCCUGGAGAGGCUCCGAGGCACACAGAGCCCAAAGAGCCUUCAGAGCUACAAGAUGUUGGGAUGCAGCCUCUGUUGGCUAACAGCCCAUCGAGACAAGAAGCACAUGAAGCCCUGAGUCCUGGAGAGGCAGCUGGAGGACAGGCAGAGGCCAGAAGGGAGUUCUUGGAGCCUGUACAGGAGGCUGGGGGACACGCUGAUGCUUUCAGAGAAGCCCCAGGCCCUGGAGAGGAGGUUGGGGGACAGGUAGAGACUGGGGAUGCUGGAGGGAGAGCAGAAGAACUUCUAGGAGAAACACUGGAGUCUAAGAACACCCCAAAUGAGCUUGAGGUUCAUGCUAUUCAGCUGGAGAAUAGUGAGAUGUAAACCUUGAGGGUACAGGUUUGCACCACUAGAAGUCUCAGUGCUGGAACAUAAGCUCUAAGAGUAGGGUGUGUAUAUUAGGAUGACGACCACCUCUGUGCCCCGUCCUUGGCCCCAGUACAUGGUAGGUCUUUCUGUCCAGUUCAGUUCAGUCUAUGCAGUUCAGGGAGACCCUAAGUUGAAGGGCAGCUUUAGGGCCCAGAUGACCAAUAAAGAACUGAGUGAACCCAUCCCCCUGGGCCAUCGAUCCUCUGGCCCAGCGUGCCCUAGCCUCAGACUGCAGGGGUCAGGGACUGAACAGGCCUCUUGGGAGGGCAGGAAUUCAGUUUACCCAGUGUUCCCAGAAGAGACACAGAAGAGUUCAGCACUAGGCCACAGCCAGCUGCAGACAACCGGGGAAGGGAGCUCAGCCUCUCCCCAGGGCCCAACCUCUGACGCACCCUCCUAUAUUCAGGGCAGAUCUGCUCCAUCACCCUGUAUCUGCUCCCCACCCCUGAAAAUAUUAAUAAUAACUGCCAUUUACAGAGUGCCUAGUGCACACCGGGCAUCAUGCUGGGCAUUUCAUAGAUUGUGAUUUCAUCCUCAGCAUAAUUGUAUGACCAGGCAGAAUGAUCUCUAUUUGACAGAUGAGGAAAUUGGGGAAGACGGAAUUCAGUACAUACCCAAGGUGAAAGUGAAA